UUGAAGACGGAAGGAGGAAUGAAGGAAACAAUUAGAUGAAUCCAAUAUAAUACGUCUGUAAAUAAACAGAUGUAGGGAAUCAGAGUAUUGUUACUCCUGGGGGCGCAGCGCCACACUCAGCACAACUCCCCCGCUAUUUUUCAAAACCCAGGUACUACCAGCCAAGUUCUUACCAUGCAACAUGCGAGUUGAAUAGCAACUAGCCUUGAAUUAGCCUCAGAGGUAAUAACUUACUUCCGGGUCUGUCCUGUCCCUGGUUUGAUCCGAGGUGUUUCCGACAGCGUGUUUUUGGGGUUGUUGUCUUUUAUGUCCCUUAACUCAGAAGUUUUCAAAAUAAAAGUGUUUCCUAAGCUUCUCUUUUUUUCCAGUUGUAGUUUGAUACUCUGAGAGUCCCAGGAUUUCCCCACAGACGAUAUAAAGUAGGCUACAGCAUUACUAUACGUUGACUUUGUAUGGAGUCGAACGCGCCCGUCGCCUGGAACGCGUCUAUACGUUGACUUUGUAUGGAAGUUGCGCCGCCCCUUCGCUUUUGGUGUGAACGCGCCAUUACUUUAGUUUCGCCAGAGCCCGUCUCAUAUUAGACAUUCUCUGGUUUCACUGGAAUUUCACAUAAACGAUGUGACGCAGUUAGCUGUGAUUCAAAGCUCUUCCUCUUUCUGAUCUGUCUGCCAUAAGGACCCAAGCAGCCCAAUCUUUACUCUCAGAACCUUUGUUAAUGUCCUGUCUCGCUUCUAAACACUUCUCUGUUAUUUGGUGAACACCUAAAUCUCUUUAUUCUCUCCUUUCCUUGCAUUUGUUAUUCUAUAUUUCCAUUCAACACGGGCAGCACACGUUUCGUCACGGAAAAGAUAAGGUCUCCAGUCUACUAUGGAUGAGGAGAGAGAGGAGGGGGCUCCUACCUCUAAAACCACUCUGUCUGGGGAACAUGGCCGCCAGAGCAAAGCUAAGAGCCCAGAGCAGCGGGAGAGAGCAGACUCCCCUGGACCCAGCUGUGUCUCCUUGAAGAGUGACUGGUCUAUGGAUAAUCCGCAUAACUUUAGAGAUGGAAAUCAGUCUAUUGAGAAGAGAAGAGUCCAGAAGGAGAGAGCAGACUCCCCUGGACCCAGCUGUGUCUCCUUGAAGAGCGACCGCUCUAUGGGUCAUCCUCCUAGACUUAAAGAUGGACGCUCCUCCAGAGAGGAAGGAGUCCAGAAGGAGAGAGCGGACUCCCCUGGACCCAGCUGUGUCUCCUUGAAGAGCAAUUGGUCUAUGGAUCAUCCUCCUAGACUUAAAGAUGGACGCCCCUCCAGAGAGGAGAGGCGACCACAGGAGAGGUCAAAGGUUACCAGUGCUCAGUCUGUACAGCAGCAUCAAGCAGAGCUGAUCAAGAGGGCUGAGGAGAACGCACACGCUUUUCUAGACAAGGAGCUGAAGAAGCUCUGGAGGGAUCUCUUCUCAGAUUACCCACAAUGCUCGGAGAGUCAGAGGGAGAAGGAGGAGGAGGAUGAUAAGAACGAGGAGCAGAGGAGGCGCGCCAUAGAGGGAGUGGUAGACAUCACAAAGCUCUGCCUGAUGGAGAUGAACCAGGAGGAACUGGCCGACAAGCUGGGGAGUGGAGCUGUUGCGGUCCAGUGGCAACAUGAACUCAAGGCUCAUCUGAAGAAGAAGUUCCACUGUGUGUUUGAGGGAAUCGCUAGAGCAGGAGAGCAGAGACCUCUGAAUGAGAUCUACACAGAGCUCUUCAUCACAGAGAGAGGCAGUGGAGAGGUCAACAUGGAACAUGAGGUCAGACUGAUUGAAAAGGCAUCCAGGAAGCAAGCCAACGAGGAAACACCAAUCAGAUGUGAAGACAUCUUUAAACCUCUACCUGGACAAGAUAAACCAAUCAGAACAAUAAUGACAACCGGAGUGGCCGGCAUUGGUAAAACUCUCUUAACACACAAGUUCUAUCUGGACUGGGCCGAAGGCAAAGCCAACCAAGACAUAGACUUCGCAUUUCUCCUCACUUUCAGAGAACUGAAUUUAUUGAAAGGGAAAGAGUUUAGCUUACUGGAACUUCUUCAUCAGUUUUCUGUUGAAACCAAAGAAUCAGGAAUCUACAGAUACGACCAUGACCAAGUAGUCUUCAUCUUGGAUGGUCUGGAUGAGUGUCGACUUCCUCUGGACUUCCAGAAUAACCCGAUCUGGACUGAUGUCACCGAACCGACCUCAGUGGACGUGCUGCUGACAAACAUCAUCAGGGGAGUCCUGCUUCCCUCUGCCCGCAUCUGGAUAACCACACGCCCUGCCGCAGCCAAUCAGAUCCCUGCUGAGUGUGUUGACAUGGUGACCGAGGUGAGAGGGUUCACCGACCCACAGAAGGAGGAGUACUUCAGGAAGAGAUUCAGAGAGGGGACAAUGGCCACCACAAUCAUCUCUCACGUCAAGAAAUCUCGAAGCCUCCACAUCAUGUGUCACAUCCCAGUCUUCUGUUGGAUCACUGCUACAGUUCUAGUGGACUUCUUCAAAACAUCCCAGAGAGGAGAAGAGGUGCCCAAGACCGUGACUCAGAUGUACAGCCACUUCCUGAGGGUUCAGUCCAUACAGGGGGACAGGAAGUAUCAUGAGAGAGCUGAAACUGAUCCACUCUGGAGUUCGGAGAGCAGGGAGAUCAUUGUUUCUCUGGGGAAACUGGCUUUUAACCAGCUGGAGAAAGGCCAGCUGAUCUUCUACGAGGCAGACUUGGCAGAGUGUGACAUCGAUAUCAGAGCAGCCUCAGUUUACUCAGGAGUGUUCACCCAGAUCUUUAAAGAGGAGUGUGGACUGCACCAGGACAGGAUGUUCUGCUUCGUCCAUCUGAGCAUCCAGGAGUUUCUGGCUGCCCUUUAUGUCUUUCUGUCCUUCAUCAACACUGGUGUCAACCUGCUCUCAGAAGAACAUCCAACCUCCAGGGAAGCUGAACUCCUCCCCCUCUACCAGAGUGCUGUGGACAAGGCCUUACAGAGUGAGAACGGACACCUGGACUUGUUCCUCCGCUUCCUCCUGGGCCUCUCUCUAGAGACCAAUCAGAUGCUCCUACAAGGUCUGCUGGGACCAAGAGGAAGUAAAUUACUGGGCAAUCUAACAAUAAACGUUCAAUCGGGGCAGACAGGAAGGAGGUCACAAAUCAAUAACCAAAUAGUCCAUUACAUCAAGGAGAAGAUAGGUGGAGAUCUCUCUCAAGAGAGAAGCAUCAAUCUGUUCCACUGUCUGAAUGAACUGAAUGACUGUUCUCUAGUGGAGGAGAUCCAACAGUACCUGUCAUCAGGAAGUCUCUCCACUGAAUCUCUCUCCUCUGCUCAGUGGUCAGCUCUGGUCUUCAUCGUACUGACAUCAGAAGAGCAGCUGGACGUGUUUUACCUGAAGAAAUACUCUGCUUCUGAGGAGGGUCUUCUGGGGCUGCUGCCAUUGGUCAAAGCCUCCAAAACAUCUCUUCUGAAUGGCUGUCAGCUGUCAGAGAGAUGCUGUAAAGCUCUGGCCUCAGUUCUCAGCUCCAACUCCUCUAGUCUGAGAGAGCUCGACCUGAGUUCCAAUGAACUGGAGGAUUCAGGAGUGAAGCUGCUCUCUGCUGGACUGGGGAGUCCACACUGUACACUGGAAACUCUCAGGCUGAAUUCCUGUGAUCUGUCAGAGGACUGCUGUGAAGCUCUGGCCUCAGCUCUCAGCUCCAACUCCUCUCGUCUGAGAGAGCUCGACCUGUGUUCCAAUGAUCUGCAGGAUUCAGGAGUGGAGCUGCUCUCUGCUGGACUGGGGAGUCCACACUGUACACUGGAAACUCUCAGGCUGAAUAGCUGUCAUCUGUCAGAGCGAUGCUGUGAAGCUCUGGCCUCAGUUCUCAGCUCCAACUCCUCUAGUCUGCGCGAGUUGUACCUGAGUUACAAUGAUCUGCAGGAUUCAGGAGUGAAGCUGCUCUCUGCUGGACUGGGGAGUCCACACUGUACACUGGAAACUCUCAGGCUGAUUGGCUGUCGUCUGUCAGAGAGAUGCUGUGAAGCUCUGGCCUCAGUUCUCAGCUCCAACUCCUCUAGUCUGAGAGAGCUGGAUCUGAGUACCAAUGAUCUGCAGGAUUCAGGAGUGAAGCUGCUCUCUGCUGGACUGGGGAGUCCACACUGUACACUGGAAACUCUCAGGUUGUCUGGCUGCCUGGUCACACAGGAAGGCUGUGCUUCUCUGGCCUCCGCUCUGAGCUCCAACCCCUCCCAUCUGAGAGAGCUUGACCUGAGCUACAAUCACCCAGGAGACUCAGGAGCUGCGCUGCUCUCUGCUGGACUGGAGGAUCCACCCUGGAGACUGGACACUCUCAGUGUGGAGCACAGUGGAGUGUGGAGACUGAAACCAGCUCUAAAGAAGUAUGCCUGUGAACUCACACUGGACCCAAACACAGCCCAGAGACUACUCUCUCUGUCUGAGGACAGCAGGAAGGUGACGUGGGUUGAAGAGGACCAGUCGUAUCCGGAUCACCCAGAGAGGUUUGACUCCUGGCCCCAGGUGUUGUGUAGAGAGGGUCUGACUGGCCGCUGCUACUGGGAGGUAGAGUGGGGAGGACGGGUUGGUAUAGGAGUGGCAUACAGGGGAAUGACAAGGAGAGGAGGGGGUGAUGACAGGGGGCUUGGAUGGAACAACAAGUCCUGGAGUCUUAUUUGUGAUGACGACGAUGAUGCUGCUGUCUACACUGCCUAUCACAACGGUAGUAGAACAGCCAUACGUCUCCCCCCCCCUCACUCUAACAGAGUAGGAGUGUAUCUGGACCGGCCCGCUGGCUCUCUGUCCUUCUACAGAGUGUCCCCAGGAGGAGGGGGGUCCUCAGACACACUGACACACAUCCACACCUUCCAGGCCUCCUUCACCCAGGAGGUCCUCCUCCCUGGGUUUAGGUUAGAUAAGAGUGGUUCAGCGUCUCUGGGAGUGUCCAUUGUAGAUACACAAACACACACACAGACCCAAAAAAAGAAAAGAAAAGCACGCACAUGUACACAGUCAUAAACACACCCAAACCAACAAACACAUAUGUACAUAGAAAUUAACACACACGCACACAAACACAUACACACACAAACGUAUACAGACUUCAGUGUUUCCCACAGACCAAGGACCAAUGUGUGGUGCGCGGGGGGGGGGGGGGGGGCGACACAGCACGGCGACGCGGCCGUCAGUGAGUGUGCAUGUAACUCUGCGUUUACAUGCGGACACAUCUGAUCCGCAUAGAUGUGGAAGAACAGCUCAAUCGGAAUAGAAAAGUAUCAUAUAUAUACGCCUCAAUCGGUUCGGAAUAGAAUUCUAUGCGGAGUAUGAGAGGUGGUGUAGUCCGCUUUGGGGUUUAACUUGGAGCAGCUGCAGUAGUUCGCAAUUGGUCCACUCCGUCUGUACUUUAAUGCACACCGAACCUUACCGCUGUCAAGGAAAUUGGAUUUAUUGCCUGAUUCACGUCUUUGUUAUUAUCACUCCGUAGUGCUAUGCAGAGAUGAAUGGACGGAACGAUUUUUAGAUUUCCAAAUCGCGUUAUAAAAAAAAAAAAUAUAUAUAUAUAUAAAAAAAAAAAAAAAAAAGGACACAAUCAAUUCGUGGCGUUCGAUCUUGAUUCUGUGGCGCCGCGCCACACAAUGGUCUAUGUAUGGGAAACACUGGACUUAAUCACACACACACACACACACACACACACAGAGACAGACUUAUUUACACAGACAUGCACACACACACACACAUCGUUCAUGGAUCUAAACCCACAGCAGGUCUGUGUUCCGGUGGUAAGCAGCAGGUAACAUCAGUGUCUCUCGUGGUUCAUCUCUCAGCCCUCUCUGUGUUCAGCUGGGCUGCUGAGCGUCAGAUUAGAGGGGGCCGCUUGGGUCUGGGGGGUCCUCACAGUCCUGAUGUUGUUGAGGACCAGCUGUUAGGGGGACGUUUGAAUACCUGUGGACCCAUGGACGUACCUGUAGUGCAUCGGGUUGUUGAGCAGCAGCUGUUGGUGCUCUGAGGGGUCAACCCGUUCAGUGGAAGUACAACACUUUGUGAUUGAUUUAAUUACUCCACUGAACUCCAAAUGCUGCAUUUUAUUGGGCUUCUGGAAGGUUCAGCAUAAACCAUGAAAGGAAGAUCUUCUUUUGGGUUAAGCAGGUUGUACAAAGAUUUACUUUCUAAGGUAAAAAUCAAUCCAAAAUCAGUUUAUAUUUUGCCAUGCCUGACAUGGAACGUGAUUUAAAGCAGAUUUAACAACAUAAUCAUGAAUGAUGAUAAGAGUUCUAUGGGAAAGGGUAACGAUGUUGUAAAUUACUUUAAACGGAAGAUCGUUUCUUUGUGUUCUGUUGGGAAGUCAACAUAUUCAGUCAUUAAAGAUGCCAUAUGAUUUGUAAUUGUUCAUAAAUCAUAAUGUUAAUAAACUACUCAGUGGGUCAAAUGAACGUUCUCGUGUGUUCAGACGAUUCUUCCCGUUAGUUCAUUUUAAAUCCUCCAAGUCUUCUGGAGACGUUACCUCCAACACAACAGUGGAGUCUCCAUUCACCCCUUCAUCAGUGUGUGGAGAUGUUAUUACCACACACAACAGCGGAGUCUGACUUUUUUAACCGCACACGCAUAUACAAAAACAAAAAGUAAGUAAAAAGGUGGCGAGCCUAUCUGGCGAGCUAACCAGCUAGGCAGAGCCUAGCCUAUCUGGCGAACUCUGCUGUCUGAUUGGUUCAGAGACAGC